AUGAGCACUACGAAUGUACCCAAGAAAAUAGGGAACGCUACAUUCCCGAACUUUGAUCCUUUCAACGACCCGGGUCAAGGAAGCGCCAGCAACAGUCAACGCAAUGAUACAGGGCCCCCUGAACGCAGAAGCUCCCCUGUUGCAACUGGCAGGAAAGAACCACCAACCACGCCGCAACCCCUUUCACAAGAACAUCAUGGUGAUGAAUGGGACGCCAGCAAAACCCCGCCCUCCCGCUUCGGCAGCCGCAAAGGUAGUCUCUAUGCCACACAGGGCACACGCGACGCCCACGGCGUAACCCGCAAUUAUGAUCGCGACGCAGCAUACCACGCCAAGCUCGCGGAGAAGGGAUGGGGAGAUCCGGAUCGGCGUGGUAGCGCAAGCUCGAGGGAUGCGAGCUUAGGCAAGAGUCCGAAGAGUAAAAGUCCACUUAACUUUCGGAAGAGGAGCGACAGCCCUGGCGGGAUGUAG